AUGGCAUUGUUGCUAUGCAUUUGCAUGGUGCCUGUCACCCAUGCAUCACGCUUUCAGUUUACGCUCACGUCUCGAGCAGAGGAAUGUUUCAUGGAAGAGGUGACUUCUUUUGCGUCUGAUAAUCGAAUGCUUUUUCGUUUUGGUAUUCUUGAGCCUAAGCGAUAUGACCUUGUUGAUGUUGUGGUAAAAAGCCCAUUACAACAGGAAGUGCUAGCGUGGAAGUCUGAGCAGAACAAUUUUGGCACAGCUACAGUACGAGAGAGUGGAUUGUAUCACUUAUGCUUUCGCAAGCUUAAAGGCGCAUCGUCCAAGAUCACGCUCUUUUACGCUUUCGACUUCAUCUCGACUGGCACUCGGACUUUGACAUUGGUGCCCGAUAUUGCGGCCACAGUUAGCAAGGAGACACCCACACUGCCGGCGUACACGCAAAUGGUAGUAGCAACAGAUAAUGGUGAAGUUACGAAGAUGGGCAUCAUGGAGUUUGACCUAGUCGGUGUCUCACGGAGCAUCAUUCAUGACAACACCCGUGUAAAACUUCUGCUGACGGUGGACAAUAUCACGAAUGGAGAAACAGUGGAUAUUUAUUUGGCAUUGGUACCCAACCGCAUUAAAUAUCCUGUCACGUGGGAAACACUGGAAAGCUACGCGACUGGAGAUUACCGUGAGCACGUAAUUGAUGCCGCUGUGACGGAGUUAGGUAGCCACGUUACGUUUGACAUUACGGAAAUUUUUGAAAGCAAGCUGCAUGACCAGACCGAAACGAUUGCCUUUUCAAUCCACACCGAGGAGAACAACGAAGCCGUCGUAUUUGGUAUCCACAACGGUUUUGAAGACCAUCUCUCGCAGAUCGUGGUUGAUGAUCUUGGAUUGGAGCUCAUGCAUGAAGUGGCUUACUUCAAGGAGUCAGUCUUCAACCUGUGUGGUGACAUUUCGUUUGUCAAGCUUCGAGAACGGCUGAGCCGUGAUGCUGCGGAGAGCACAAACUCGCGGGUGAAAUGGAUGUCUUUGAUCACGAAUAUCGUCCUUGUGGGCAUUGCAUUCGGCCAGGUGGUCUAUAUACGCAGCAUGCUUGAAAGCGGCUAUUAA